AUGGGUACUACUUUUAGAGGGAAACCGGUAAUAAUUGUCAACGUUGCAUCGGAAUGUGGUUUUACGAAUUCAAGUUAUACCGAGUUCAAGGAGCUUGCAGAACGUUACAAGGACAAGGGCCUGGCAAUUGCAGCCUUUCCGUGCAAUCAAUUUGGUGGACAGGUAACAUUUGCAUACUGA